CAUGGAGAUAGCAGUGAAGUGGUGACAGGAAACUUUACAACUGGACCGGGUAAAACAAUUUAAGAAAUAGCAGAACGAGUUAUGUGAAAGCUAGAAUCGAAAGACAGGAAAAAUGAAAAUACCACAAUAUAUUUGAAUUCGUCCUAUCUACCAAGGAUGGCUCGUACCUGUAACGUUCUUUUCUUAUUGCCUUGACUUUCCAUUCAAGCUUCCACAUGCCUUGUUCUAAUAUUUCCCUCAAACAGCUUGAACGCAUUCCUUCAUUUUCAUACUUUAAAAUUUAAGAUAAACAUUUUGAAUGUAACCCUUGACAAAUAAGAGAUGUAAUUUUUAAAACCAUUGCUUUAAAACAGUUAUUUUUGCUGUUGGUGUUCAAAAUACCAACAGACAUGAAAAACAAAAACACAUCAAUCAUCAAAAUAUAAAUGUAAGACGAUGUCAGUGAAGUUAUACUUUUUUAUUUAUGGAUUUAAGGAUCAUACAUUAGUUUAGUAAGUAUCAAUUUUUUUUCUCUUGAGAUAUUGUUUAUUCAAAAGGAAAUUAUAAGUAUGCAGGGGAAUUUAUUAAAAUUAGACAGGACUGAUAUUGAGAAAUCUCUUCAAUAAUAAUAUAAUCUAAAUAUUCCUUUCCGGAAACUUAAAUCAUUCUAGAAAUUAUUGUAUAUUCUAGUUUCUGUAUAUGCUGAUGUUUCUUGUCAGUAUAAAAUUCAUUUUCGACCCUCCACUAAAUUUUGAAAACUAAAUAUUUUGAUUUGUGAGAUAUACAUGAAUAAAGUAGAACAAAAUUUUAAAAUUAAUUUAAAAAGAAAUUAUUUACCCUUUAGCCCGAACGAUGUGAAUCACCAGAAUUUGGUUCUAUUUUCAUUUGAAUCUCAUUCAAUGUUUUGCAUAGCAGUUUUAAUUUCAAUAUUAAAAAAUAUGAUGACAUAUAAGACAUUGCAGUUGUUGGUAUAUUGUGUUAAAGUAAUUUAUAUGGCAAAUAAAUUAAUACAAUAACGUGUUACGUUGAUCAAUACGGUAUAAACAAGUUGUGUCUUUUUCCUGUAAUGUUUUUAAGUUGGUCUCCAAACAACUUUCUGACUGGUCUUCGUAGCUUCAUUUUCGUUAGCACUUGUGAAAUUUUUAUUCUUUUCUGUCCUUUUUAUUUAUGUAACGUAAUUGAUAUGUAUUUUAUAGUUAGUACCUAUUGAAAUGGUUUUUGAUGUACUGAUUUGCCGAAAAGUUUGAAUUUUUAACCAUACUAAAUGCUUAACAUACAUUAUUUCUUUUACCAAAUAUUUUUGAUCUGAUUCCUUUAGCUGAGAUUACAGAGAACGAUGUGGGGUCACAAGUUGAUAUUCCACUGAUAGCAGGCGUAACUUUUGGGAUCAUCGUGGCUGUCAUCAUCAUAACCGUUGUAGUCACAGUUAUUGUCAGGCGUAGGAAACAAGACAGGUUGGUGAGCCCUGGACAAAUGCUUUGGGAUUUUGAUAUCGUUUGUAAAAUUUUAAAGUAUUGUAGAGGUCUAUACCCCGUCUGACUUCAAAUUGACUGUUCAUUAGGGGCCGCAAUCCGGGAUCCUGACUCUCGAAAAUACCAGAAUACCGGACCAUAAUCGAUGCUCGAAAAAACCGGAAUCGAAUUUAUGAAAACCGGGAUUUUCGUUGAUCCCGGGAUUUGAUUUAAAAAAAAAAAAAAAACAUGUAUCCCUUUUCUUAGUUUCCGAGAAAAUACCAGAAUACCGGACCAUAAUCGAUGCUCGAAAAAACCGGAAUCGAAUUUAUGAAAACCGGGAUUUUCGUUGAUCCCGGGAUUUGAUUUAAAAAAAAAAAAAAACAUGUAUCCCUUUUCUUAGUUUCCGUGUCGUAAUGAAAGCAAGAUAUAGCUGGAAUGUAUGUGAUGGGCAAAGUGCGAAGCCUUCACACCUAGUGUUUCAAGUUUAAAGAGAGCUGACCGACGGGCUAAAUCUCUGUACUGUUCAUUUGUCAGUUCAUGGAGUUGUGAUUAGUUAGUUUUUACACAGUGCUUGUGUAGUGUGUAAGUGGGGACGUGAGCCACGACGUGAAGGUACAUGUUUGGAAAGUGAAUGUUUUUAUAUUAUUAACAAAUAAAUGAUUGAAAUAGUCGAAUGAAUAUAGAAUGUUGACAUACGUUAACAAUUUGUUUGUUAAAUGAAAUGUAUGGAAAUAAAAACAUGCUGCGUUCGAAUCACGGUGUAAACUUUUAAUAACAAAAAUGUUUGAUUGAUUGACUUCCUUUAAUUAUCCCAAGUAUCUACAUAUUUACAAUUAUGGGUAAUUCCGCAUUUUGAUAAUCAAACACCUUAAGUUUAAGACAAACAGAAAGUAUGUUAAGUCUAUUUUGUGAAAACAAUAUUAAUAAUUCACAUUCACCUCAUAAUUGCUUUACGAGCUAUUUUGUCCCAGGCUGAAUGUCCCACCUUGUCUGUAACAUACCUAGCCAACAGUUUGCAUGACUGGAUGUCCCAGUUUGGCUGUACAAUACUUAGUUAAACAUUUACAUGAAAAUUUAAACAUUUUAAAAAAAAGUUGUACAUGUCAAACAAAAUAGAUUUAAUAAAUAAUUUGUGUUAAUGAUUUUUUCCCCUUCAUGUUGAUUUAAAAAUAUAAAGGACACUGAACAAAAUAAACCAAAAUGUGGAAAGCUUUUGAAACUAUCGGAAACAAAGUCAUCAGUUUGGAAUUGUGGAGUCUGAGCGGAAGUUCUUUGUCAUCUGGUUACUUUUGUUACCAUUUACGCUGAAAAUUAAGUGGUCAAACAUUAGACCCGUUGUAAUAUUUUAAUUUGACCAAAGAUUAAAGCUAAACAAACUAUCGAAAAUAUCGAAAAUAUCGAAAAUAUCGGGAUUCCGGUAUUCGUAAACUUUAUUAUCGAAAAUACCAGUUUUCGUAAAAGGGACCGGUUUUGCAUCCCUAACUGUUCAUAAGUCUGAACAAAUUUGAUUCUCAUUAAUUCGACUGGCAACGCUAGGUUUUAAAAGAUGUUAUUCUUAUAUUUCUUUUACAUGGCUUCAACUGCGUCUCUCAAUUAUUAUACUUCAGAUUAAAAAAAAAAAAAAGAAAAAGAAAGAUUUACACGAAUCUUUUGCAUACAGUCAUAAAAAUACUUUAUCUUGAAUAGAGAGACAUUAAUGAAUAUUCCGACACCAACAACAUCUUGUUAGAUCAUUGAUUCAUUCUGUUGGGAAACGUACCAGUGUCUAUGAGAACUACCUUACAUUUUGAUCUGUCACAUGGUAAAAGCAAUGCUACAAAUUUAGUCAAUCAAAUUUUUUUUUCCGAUGGUCUUUUUUUAGGAGCAAAGACAAGGGAAGUCCGAAGAUGACAGACACAGAUGACAACGCUGUCGUAGCAAAUAUAACUUCAGCCAGUGACAGUUCUGGUGACAUCAAGAUGGUUGAUUACAGAAAUAAGAACAUUGUUGACAGCCGUAACAGUUCUCCCAAUAACAAUCAAGGUAAAUAGUUCAAUUUAGCACUAAUUUGCAUACUAGGUGGUUCAGAGGGGGGGGGGGAGCGCCCCAGUUUGGGCCAUAUUUGGGUUUAUGGGUUCAAUUAUAAUAGUGGUUCUCAAAACUUCCUAAAGCCAUGACCAUUUAAUACAGUUCCUCAUGUUGUGGUGACCCAACCAUAACAUUAUUUUCUUUGCCACUUCUUAUAUAUGGUCUCGAUGGUCUUUGGCGACCCCUGUAUAAGGGACGUUUGACCACUAAAGGGGUCACGACCUUCAGGUUGAGAACAGCUGAUCUAUCACAUAAUAAAAAGCAUGUUUGUGCUAUGGAGAUGCACCUUUUGUGAGCUCUGAGAAGGGGGGGGGCGACAUUUGAUAUAGGUGCAAUAAAUGUCACCUCGAGUACUUUCUGAAAGUAUAACUGACAACAAAAGAAAGGUGGAUUUGAGAGUUUUGACUUUAUUAUUUGUGAAAAUAAGAUUUUAACCCUUCCAAUUCCUUCAACAAAAAAAGUAAUUUUGGGAGAGGGGGUGAGAAAAAUAGAUUUGCAUCCUUAGUGCCUUAGAGAUUAGCCCCAUUUUUCAAGUUUAAAUAAUCAUAUUUGUCCAAGUAAAACAUUCUCAAAUUUACUCCCGCUUAUGUAAUAUAUGAUAUUUUUAUAUUAAAUGUAUCACACGUUAGUAUAGCCAAUACAAUAUAGUUAUUUAAAAAAUAAGCAUUUUAAGAAAAAAAUUGUUUAAUGAAAUUUAAAAAAAAAUAAUUUCAGAUGAAAGAUUUUAUGACUGUAUCAGAGACUCAGAAAUAACUCCUUAUAGUGACGGGAUAUAUGCGAAAAUAGGAACAAUAGCAGGUGGCAAACGGACGGAAAACAUAUACAACAACAAUGGAUUUGUCAACGACAAGUAUUAACAUCUACAACAACAUCGCCUUUGUUAAAACAACACCAGCUUCUAUGUCGAGGACCGCACUCUCAUCUACAAAGACCUAUUAUCAGAUCUACAACACUUCUGGCUAUGUCGAGGACCGUACUCUCAUCUACAAAGACCUAUUAUCAGAUCUACAGCACUUCUGGCUAUGUCGAGUUCCUACUCCAACUUUAAUGUCAUUAAGUUUGUUUUUUUUUGUAAAUGAUAAACCGAAUAUUUGUUGGCUUCUUAUACUAGCCAAACAUCAAAGACAACUUGGAGAUGCUGGAACACAAACAUUCAUAUUCCGUUAGCAUGUUUAAAUUUUAAAAAAAAUGAAAUCAAGGAACAUUUCAAAGAGCCGAGCAAUCCAAGACCCCGCUAAGACAGGAUGAC